CUGCAACGACGCCGAGUAUACAUAUGCCCACUGUUCUCAAGUUUAUCAGUUGAACUCACAAGUUGUAUUGAAUUGUAUUGAAUUGUGUUGAACUGUAUUAAACAUUUUGACAAAAUGGCUGAAAAAUCACGCCGUGUGGCACAAUCAGAAGAUUUGUCAAACGUUGAGUUUGAGACCAGCGAAGAUGUCGAAGUCAUUCCUACUUUCGACAACAUGGGUCUUCGCGAUGAAUUGUUACGUGGGAUCUAUGCGUACGGUUUUGAGAAACCAUCUGCUAUUCAGCAACGAUCCAUUAAACCUAUCAUGAAGGGCAGAGAUGUAAUAGCUCAGGCACAAUCUGGAACAGGAAAGACCGCUACUUUCUCGAUUGCAAUAUUACAAUCAUUGGAUACACAAGUACGAGAGACUCAAGUUCUAGUUUUAUCUCCGACACGAGAACUUGCCACACAGAUUCAAAAAGUUAUUCUUGCAUUGGGAGAUUUUAUGAAUGUGCAAUGUCACGCUUGCAUUGGUGGUACAAAUCUUGGAGAAGAUAUCAGAAAGCUGGAUUACGGCCAACAUGUUGUAUCUGGUACACCUGGCAGAGUAUUUGAUAUGAUCAAGAGGCGAGUACUCAGAACUAGAGCUAUCAAAAUGUUAGUUCUGGACGAAUCUGACGAAAUGUUGAACAAGGGUUUCAAGGAGCAAAUCUAUGAUGUAUACAGAUAUUUACCACCAGCAACGCAAGUCGUUUUAGUUUCGGCUACUUUACCACAUGAAAUUCUUGAGAUGACUAGCAAAUUUAUGACAGAUCCAAUCCGCAUUCUCGUCAAACGUGAUGAAUUGACUUUGGAAGGGAUCAAACAGUUUUUCGUUGCUGUAGAACGGGAAGAGUGGAAAUUUGAUACACUCUGUGACUUGUACGACACAUUAACGAUAACACAAGCAGUUAUCUUCUGUAACACUAAACGUAAAGUGGACUGGUUGACAGAAAAGAUGCGGGAAGCUAACUUCACAGUAUGCUCCAUGCACGGAGACAUGCCACAAAAAGAACGAGACAACAUAAUGAAAGAAUUUCGAUCUGGUCAGAGUCGUGUAUUGAUCACAACGGAUGUUUGGGCAAGAGGAAUCGAUGUUCAGCAGGUGUCACUUGUGAUUAAUUAUGAUUUGCCUAAUAAUCGUGAAUUAUAUAUUCACAGAAUAGGUCGAUCAGGACGUUUCGGUCGUAAGGGCGUAUCGAUAAAUUUCGUGAAAACAGACGAUAUAAGGAUUCUCCGAGAUAUCGAGCAGUAUUAUUCCACACAGAUAGACGAAAUGCCAAUGAAUGUAGCUGAUCUGAUAUAAAGCACGAUAUUUAUAGCCAGACCAAAUAUUUGUCAUGUACUAUAAUGUCUUUUAAUUUUCGUAACUUUCACGAAUAAAACUGGAAUGUGUUGUCAAA